CUCUCAUUCUCUCAUUCAUUAACGACCGCUCUUUGACCCUUCUUGGGUCUCCAUUUGCUCAAAAGGACUCCCUUCCCUCCCCACCCCCCAUUACCACCUUCUUGAUCCGCAGGAAGCAUUCGAACACGUUUUGCUAGAAUUGCCGUCGCGACCACCACCAUCGUUGUUGCUGCCGCCGCCGCCGCCGUCGCCGCUGCCAAGGUCAUCUAUCAUCGUCGUCUGAAAAUACCAUGAGCCACCAAAGAGUAAAGAUCACCACCACCAUCACCAACCCUGCCAUUCAAGGAACCCAAAGAUUCUUCCCUUGAGGAAAAAUUAAUUUAAUGACAAUAAUGCCAGCAAGGAGACCAUAAAGCAAAGUUUCAGACCAAAGCCACUUUCUCCACUCCCCCUUAUCUUCUUCACGCUCCUCCUCCCCAUCUCCUCCUCCUCCUCCUCCUCCUGCCCCUCCGCCACCGCCACCGGCAUCGCCCACCGUACCGACGGCGACAGAUUCUUGAAAACCCAUUUCUCCGAAUCACCUCUUUAGCUCGUAUAAACUCCCCCUGGAGCAAGAAUCCCGCUCUUGAUUUCUUUGAAUUGGGCAGAGAGAUCACGCGAGAGAGAGAGAGAGAGAGAGAGAGAGAGAGAGAGAAUCUUGAGCAGGCAUUCGCAGAUCCGGCAUUGUGACCCAUGAAGCAAAUCUCGCACCUGGACGACAUACCGUCGACGCCGGGCAAGUUCAAGAUGGACAAGUCCCCCUACAACCGCCUGAGGUGGCACUCCUCCCUCGCCAAGCUCACCUUCUGGUCCUUCAUCUUCCUCGCCCUGAUCUUCAUCUUCUUCUUCCGAUCCCCGUCCUCCUCCGCCCCGCAGUCCCUCUCCGACCCCUCCCGCCGCUACCUCCAGAACUACAGCUGGGGCGGCGCCGCCUGGGAGAAGCGGGUCCGCUCCUCCGCCCGCAUCCGCUCCCGCAACGGCAUGUCCGUGCUCGUCACCGGCGCCGCCGGCUUCGUCGGCACCCACGUCUCCGCCGCCCUCAAGCGCCGCGGCGACGGCGUCCUCGGGCUCGACAACUUCAACGACUACUACGAUCCGUCCCUCAAGCGCGCCCGCCAGGCGCUGCUAGAGCGGGCCGGCGUGUUCAUCGUGGAGGGCGACAUCAACGAUGAGGCCCUCUUGCGGAAAUUGUUUGAGGUAGUGGCCUUCACCCAUGUGAUGCAUUUGGCUGCUCAGGCUGGAGUGAGGUACGCGAUGGAGAAUCCUAGCUCUUACGUGCACAGCAACAUUGCUGGUCUUGUUAGCUUGCUUGAGGUCUGCAAGUCUGCCAAUCCACAGCCUGCAAUCGUUUGGGCAUCCUCUAGUUCUGUGUAUGGACUCAAUACCAAAGUGCCCUUUUCGGAGAAAGAUCGGACAGACCAACCCGCCAGCUUGUAUGCAGCCACGAAGAAGGCCGGCGAAGAAAUCGCGCACACUUAUAAUCAUAUCUACGGCCUAUCUUUGACGGGGUUGCGGUUCUUCACUGUUUAUGGCCCGUGGGGAAGGCCUGAUAUGGCCUACUUCUUUUUCACCAGAGACAUAUUGAAGGGAAAGUCUAUAUCGAUCUUCGAGGCCGCUAAUCAUGGCACGGUCGCGAGGGAUUUCACCUACAUCGAUGAUAUUGUGAGGGGUUGUUUAGCGGCUCUGGAUACUGCAGAGAAGAGCACGGGAAGCGGGGGGAAGAAGAAAGGGCCGGCACAAUUGAGGGUGUAUAAUCUGGGGAAUACUUCACCGGUUCCUGUUUCCGACCUCGUCAGCAUCUUGGAGAGGCUUCUGAAAUUGAAAGCCAAGAGGAACAUCCUGAGGUUGCCUCGGAAUGGAGACGUGCAAUAUACUCAUGCCAACAUCAGCUUGGCUCAGCGGGAGCUGGGAUAUAAGCCGACCACAGAUCUUCAGUCUGGUUUGAAGAAAUUUGUUCGAUGGUACCUCAGAUUUUAUGCCGAUGGCAAGAAGAGCGGUGUAUGACAUUCUUUUGGUUGCAAAAAUUAGCUUUCUCUAUAGAUGCUAUUGGUUAUGAUUCUUAUGGCCAAUUUCUAACAUUUAUGUGUUCAUUUCCACGAUUGUUGUCUGUGCCUAUAUAAUAGGGGUGCCCAUAUCAGGGGGGAAGUCUCGUCGCAGUAUGAAGUUUUAAGGUGUAAAUGGACAUUGUUUGCAGAGAUCCCCCCCUAGCUGUAUCAGAUAAAAUGAACCACCUUUCUUUUGAAUUCUUUUUAAUCAUUGGAGAAUGUAAUUCUUGUAGUUUUGGGUUGUAGAAUUAGUGAUUCAGAGAACAUAUGAGGAUCGCUGGACAUGUAUCCUUCCCAUGAAGUUUCAAUAAAAAUGAGGAGACAUUUUAAUAGGCUA